AUGAGCGUGUGUGUGUGUGUGUGUAUUGAGCAGGAAGAAGGGUGGCCGCUGGGGCUGCAGCCGCUGAACGUGAGAGUUGGGCUGGAGAGGAACCGUGAUCUCAAUGCCUCUCUCUCCUUCAACACUUUGCUUACCUCUUCCCCAAUCUCCUCCGACGAUUUCUCUUCUGAUCUUGAUACUCUGUCGACAGGUUCAUUCUUUCAUGACAAGAGCAUCACUCUAGGGAGCCUGAUUGGGAUCUCGAGCAUCCUAGAGCUGUCGCGGAGAUCAAGGCGGGGGCGAGCUCCCGACCAGGCCGCGAGGAGCAAGAAGACGAGGACAUGGUUCCUGUCGCUGUGCUCGAGGCUGAGCACCGAUGCAGUGAGCAUGAGCAACGCACCGUCCCUCGCCCACCUGCUCCAAGCAGAGAGGACUGCUGCUGGGCAAGGAGUCGAUGAUUUCUCGCAAAUCUCCAAUCACAACACCUUGUUUGUAGGCGGACACGUUGCUCCUCCUCGACCGCCCUCGCCCUUCGCUAGGGACUUGCUAUCUCAUCAUCAUGCCCCUCCCUUACUUCUCUCGUGUUUAUGCGCUCAAUCAUCAUCAAAUUAAUUGACUAGUUUCUUUCUUUCUUUUUGUUUUUGGAUUAUGAGAUAUAAUUUGAAUAUUCUUUUCUUGGAGUUA